AUUGUAGCGAAUGGCAACAAAAUAAAAAAAGUAUUUUCACAAUACUAAAUGUUGUGACCAAUGACAUUUCCUACAUAUGAUUUUUUAACAAUUUAUAGGAAACAAUUUUAAAAAUGGAUUAUAAAUCCAAAAAUUAUGGAUCCUCAAGUAAAAGAAGACGUUCCUAUUCUCCUGAAUUUGACUCCCGGGAUAGACACAAGUCGAGAAGAACAAGCCCGUCUAAAUUAGAAAAAAACGAUGAAUUUAGUUUUUUGGAUCACAAAAGAAAUUUAAACAAAAUAAUCUCUUAUAGCAAUGAUGGUAAUCCCAUUGUGAAAAACCUAGAUGAUUUUUGGGUAUUUGUCAAAAAAUAUGAAGCUACAUUGAAAAAAGCGGGAAAACCUAUCUUAGAAAGACAAACGGAUGUCACAGAAUAUAAUGAUAUUGGUAUACCUAUUAACUUUUCUAAACAUCAUUGUAUUAAUUUUAUUAGCAAAAUAAAAUUCAUGGAUGUCUGUGAUGAGAGAAACAACAAAAAGUUAAAUAAAGAUACUUUUGAUAUAUUUCUUAAUAUAGUAUCUAUAUAUUUAGACUUUAAAAAUAAAGAAAAAUUUGAUAGAUUAAAAAAAUUACGUAAAGCUCAAAGUGAAUUACCAGUCGCUAAAUACAGGAAUGAAAUAGUAUCAGCAGUACAAAAUCAAAGAGUGGUGAUCGUAGCCGGAGACACAGGUUGCGGUAAAUCAACACAAGUGCCACAAUACUUACAUGAAGCGGGAUUUCAAAAUAUAGCUUGCACUCAACCUAGAAGAAUCGCAUGUAUUUCACUGUCGAAGAGAGUGUCAUACGAAAUGCUAACCCAGUUUGAUACUAAAGUUGGCUAUCAGAUCAGAUUCGAGAAAAGCAAGACAUCGGACACCAAAAUAUGUUUCAUCACUGAAGGUUUGCUUCUGAGGCAGAUGUCUUCAGAUAAUCUGCCCGAGUAUGAUGUUAUAAUUCUAGAUGAGAUACAUGAACGUCACCUCAUGGGUGAUUUCCUACUGGGUGUACUUAAAUGCCUCAUCCACACAAGAACUGAUAUUAAACUCGUUCUCAUGUCAGCGACUAUUAAUAUAAAACUGUUCCAGGAUUACUUUUCAGCCGAAUCAGCUGUAGUUAUACAGGUCCCCGGCAGACUCUUUUCGAUAGAAUUAAAUUACAAACCUAUACUCAUAGAAGAAAAACCUUCUAGGCACGAUAAAUUAGAUCCUCAGCCAUACGUACAGAUUAUGCAGUUGAUAGAUAGCAAAUAUCCAAAGGAGGAAAGGGGCGACCUGUUGAUAUUUAUGUCCGGUGUACAAGAAAUAACGACAAUAUGCGACGCGGCGCAGCAAUACGCGGAGAAAACAAAGAGUUGGAUCGUACUUCCCUUGCACAGUGCGUUGUCGCUUAGUGAACAAGAUAAGGUGUUCGACUAUCCGCCAGAUGGCGUUAGGAAAUGUAUAGUCUCAACGAACAUAGCCGAAACAUCUGUCACCAUAGAUGGCAUAAGAUUUGUUAUUGACUCCGGGAAGGUCAAAGAGAUGAGUUAUGAUUCGUCAACAAAAAUGCAAAGGCUGAAAGAAUUCUGGAUUUCAAAAGCUAGCGCUGAUCAGAGGAAGGGGAGAGCGGGCAGGACUGGUCCAGGUGUUUGUUACAGAGUUUAUUCAGAGCAGCAGUUCACCGAAAUGGAGCCGUACAGCACCCCAGAGGUGUCCCGGGUGCCGAUUACGUCACUGUUACUGUUGAUGACGUCACUGGGCGUUAAUGACGUCAGACGGUUCCCCUUCAUCGAUGCCCCAAGUGAUGCCGCUAUCGAAGAUGCUCUGUUAGAGUUGAAGCAGCACGGAGCAUUAGCGUCUAAUGAGAAGCUGACACCGUUAGGUCGGUGUAUAUCUUCGUUACCUUUGGAGGUGUCAUUGGCUAAGUCGCUGGUGAUAAGUGCUACUCUCCCACCGCAGUGCCAGUACGCUUCACUAGUGCUGGCCGGAGCCCUGGGACUCCGAGGCGUACUCACGAGAAGAGGAAGGGACCUUGAUUGUGAGAACGCUCGUAAGCCAGACGAAUCCGACCACGGCGAUCCAAUAACCCUCCUGUGUUUGUACUGUUCGUGGUUGAGGGAGAAGUCUUCGGGGGGUGGUCGGGCGUGGUGCAGGAGACGAGGCAUCGAGGAACAGAGGCUGUAUGAACUCACCAAACUGACCGCACAGCUCAGAUCAUUGCUGCAGGAUAACAAUCUAUUGGAUUCUCCGGAGCCUGAGACGAUGUCAUCAUCAGAGCGAGCGAUGAGACAUGGACAAUUGAAACAGCUCAAAGAUCUUAGAAGACAGUACAAACAGAAGGCUGCCGAGGAUGCGAAGCGUCGUAAGCGUCUCAAGGUCGACACGUGGGAGAUAGGUGAUGAGGACGAUGACGUCAUCGAUGUGAGAGACAUAGAGUUCAGGAUGACCAAUGACGCUGCCAGGAUACGAGCACUGAUCAGCGGAGCAAGUACUAGCGGCGGACAGGAUCUUGUUAUGUUGAAGAUCGUGUUAUGCAGAGCUUUGUAUCCGCAAAUAGCUAUCGCUGACGAAUUCAAUUACUGCAAGACAGAGCAGCUAUAUCACACCUGGAGCAAACCCUCCGUGUUCCUGCACCCGACUUCAUACUUCGGGAGAUACCCUAAAGCACUACAGCUGACCGAGACGGACAUACAGACGGCGCCGGGGUAUAAGAGCAAGCUGCCGCUGUCCAAUAAACACCAACUGUUGUGUUACUUGUCCCUGCUUGAAACCACGAAGCCCUACAUAGUUAACUCUAUGCGUAUGCCGGCAGCACAGACGUUGCUGCUUCUAGCACAUUCUAUAGACACAAACACAGGAUUCACAAGGAUAGUAUGUGACUCCUGGCUCCUCCUGGAAUUCCCUUUCCCUGAAUCGGGAUGCCAAUUGCUAUAUAGAGCAUCCACGAUAAGAAAGAAAUGGGAUGAACUGAUUAAUAGAAAACUUGCAGAUGCAAACCCCAACAGGUCGGUGGAGGAGGAGCUCCAGAAAUCAAAUCAAAUGGGUUACGAGGAACUACAGCAUGAGCUAUCGUGUGAGAUAAGUAAAUAUAUGAACUGUGAUGUGUCUUAUACCCUCAAGAGGUUACUGCCGGGGGACUUGAAGGUACUGUACGAUGGUGACACCCAGACGACUGUAUCUCCUAACCCAUUCGAUCAAACCUAUGUCUGCCGACCCCAUGAUAAGAAGGGUGGGGUUUAUGUCACUGAUAAUAUUGUAUACAAUUGUAUUGUAGAUUCAGAGUGGAGCUACGAUAGUUAUCAAGAAACCUACAGCAUACCAUGGGUUUGUCCGCAGUGCGAGGUGACUGUCUGUCUGUCACCUUUAGAAAGAUUACAGCAUAGGAUAUUCACUUGCUCAUCAAAAACUGAGAAGAAGCUAGAGAAGACAGUUACACGCAUAAACAGGCCCAAUACUAAAGAAUUUAUUUGUGAUGUUUGCAAUACAACGAUGUUCCUAACGCCCGUUGAAAUAUUGAAACAUAAGAAGGCUUGUAAAAUAAAGGAGCAAUGAA